CAUCUUGAAUCUUUCCCUCUUUCCCCCCCUACUUAAUUCCCACUAUAUCAACCCACCAAAAAUGGACACAUUUUCAUACUUUCAUUUUACACACAUACGGAGUAUUUAUAUUCCAUUUCCCUUCAUUCUCUCCUUCCAAAUAUUGAAUAAAACAAAAGUUAAUUCCCUAUAUAUUACUCUGUGAAGACAAAUGACUUUCUUCUUUAGCCUACGUCGUGCCACCGGCGGCGGCCGUGGCAGCCGGAAAAACAAGAUUUCCCGGCCAGAUGAUUCCCGUGGAGAGCUCACCAUCCCCAAUUCCUUCGUCUGCCCCAUUUCCCUGGAGCUGAUGAAGGAUCCGGUCACAUUGUCCACCGGCAUCUCGUACGACCGGGAAAGCAUCGAGCGAUGGCUCGAUGCUGGGAACGUGACGUGCCCGCUGACCAACCAAGUCUUGGAGUCGCGCGAUCUCAUACCGAACCACGCCAUACGAAAGACGAUCCAGGACUGGUGCGUGGAGAACACGUCCCGCGGCGUGGACAGGAUCCCCACGCCGAGGAUCCCCGUGGGCCCCUCCCAAGUCUCGGACAUCUGCUCGAGGAUCGAGGGGGCCACGCGCCGCGGGGACCACGCGAGGUGCCUCGAACUAGUCGGGAGAGUCAAGGCUUGGAGCAGAGAGAGCGAGCGGAACAAGAAAUGCAUCCGCGGCGACGGCGGCAUCGGCGUUGCGUUGUCGGCUUGUUUCGAGUUCUUCGCGGGCGGGGUGUCGGGGGAGGAGCACGUGGAGUUGUUGAGGGAUUUGAUGUCCUUGUUGGCGUGGAUGUUCCCGCUGGCGGAAGAGGGUAGGACCAAGCUAGGGUCAAAAACGUCAUUGCAGUGCAUGGCAUGGCUUUUGAAGGGCGGGGAGGAAAACACAUUGUCCGUCCUCCAACAACUGAUGUGUUUGGAGGACGGCCAAACCCUCCCCAAAGCCCUACUAGAAGCCGAUCAAGACGUCCCAGAGACCCUUCUCGACAUCGUGAAAUUACCAAUUCACCCUUCAGGCAAGUCAUCAACCACCAAAGCCGCUCUCACCAUCAUGCACCACAUGAUGACAAGGGUCAAAAGCGUCAACUCCUUCCUCGCGGAAGCUGGGUUGGUCUCCGUCCUCGUGGAACUCCUCGUGGACGGGGACAAAAGCCUCUGCGAGAAAGGGUUGGCCGUGCUAGACGCCGUGUGUUCGAGCGAGGAAGGGAGGGAGAGGGCUUGCGGUCACCCGCUGACAAUCCCGUUGCUAGUGAAGAAGACGAUGAGGGUUUCGGAGCUGGGAACGGAGCUGUGCGUCUCCGCCAUGUUGAAGCUCUGCAAGGGCGGCGGCGAGAGGGCGGCGGCGGUGGAGGCACUGCUAGAGGUGGGGGCAUUUCAGAAGCUUUUGGUGGUGUUGCAAGUUGGGUGCGGGGAAAAAUCAAAGGAGAGAGCCACUGAGGUGUUGAAGCUGUUGAAUGGGCACAAGGAAAGGGUCAUUGGGUGCUUGGACUCCUCCUCCAACGGCUUCAAGUAUUUGAAGAGCUAUAGCUUCAAAGUCUUGGUCUCCAUUCAACGACCAUUGGCUCAACAAAUUAUAAGUAUGACUAAUAUGGAAGAACAAAGAAUUACUAGUAACAAACAAUGAAUCUGAUACACGAGUUGUUAACUCAUAAAAUUUCUCAAGGAAUACAACAAGCCUUUCAACCUUGUUCCACUCAUCAUUUGAAGGGACCCAUUUUUCAUUUGGAAACUUCAUCUUACCAAAAAUAAAUCUGUACUUAAGUGCAGUGUUCAACAUUGUAUAGGUGGAGCUCCAUCUUGUUGUAACAUAAAGUGUCGAAAUCCAGGUUUCUCUACAAAUCUAAAAGGCAACUCAUCUAACACAAUCAUAUGAGUUAAAGCUUCUCUAAGAUCAUCUGAAUUGACUACUCGAUUUCUAACAUGAACCUCACCUUCCUCACCAUCAAUAAGUUCAAAGUGAAUAGUAGCUUGCUUACCUUUGCCUUUAUUCAGUGUAUUUUUUUCACAACGAGCAUGAUGUAGUUUCAAGUUUUUGGUCCCAUUUCGAGCAGAAUCAGUAGCAAAAGUUGAGUCAUAGUGUACACAUUCCACUCAGACAUUAUCUUGAUCAUCUAAGAACAACUCAAAAUCAUUCUAAUAUUCUGCUCUUCUUUUCGGUCCUUUUACAAUGUACCGACACCCAGGCCUAGGUUUUCUAUUAGGGUGUGGUAAAUGUGAUUUUGAUGCACCCAUUGUCAAAAGACUUGUAUCUUCGCAUUUCGCUAUCUCUACAUGAGACACAUUCGUUGAAGGCACAUCCUGUGAUUGGGCACAUUUAUUGAUUGCUUCAUACUUGAAACACUGAAAAAAUAAUGUCAUUAGUAUAUCGAUCGCCUUCAUGUGUCUCUACACCGUCUGACUACCUCACUGACUCACUGCCUCCCUGCAAAAAAAACUCACAGACUCAUAGUGUCACAGUGCGGCUGUGCAACUAGAGACAAUAUAUUAAGGACACUAAAGAAAUUGGAGCAACAUAAACAAACAUCACUGGUAAUAAUUGUCCUCACUAAGGACUCCAUAUUCCAAUUUGUAACUAAAGACAGUGGACAUCACUGAGUAUCUGUUCAACACAGAAGCUCAUCCCAUUCCCACCAAACCAAAUCCCAUUUCAAACAAGCAUCAUUCCAUAAUUUUUUUUAUAAAAAAUAAUUGUGUGUAUGAAGAAAUGUAUGAUUUUUGGGAAUUCAAUAUUUCUUAUCAAUGAUUACUCCAAAUUGAAGUCGUAUACGCUUACAAGUAAAUUUUAAGCUACUAAUUGAUUUCCAUUGAUACUUCACAAAUCACAAUUGCCCAAUUAGUGUUGCGAAAAAGCUUCUUUUGUGAGAAGUGUACACAGUGCGGCACUACCAACUAGUGUUGACUGAGCUACUAAUUGAAUUCCAUUGAUACUUCACAUUUAUGAAUCACUUAGGCUCCGUUUGGUAUAAGGAAUUGGUGGAAUUGGAAUUGAAAUUCCAUGAGAUUCAAUUCCAUAGAAUUGAAUUCUGUCAAUUUCAAUUCAUUUUUUACACUAUCAAUUCCAAAUCCACAUAAUUUUUGUGCAACCAAACACCAGAAUUGGAAUUAAGUCUCCAAUUCCAAUUGCAUAGUUUGAAUUCCAUGUACCAAACGGGACCUUAACAUAAAUAAUUGAAUAAAAUAUCACUUAGCAUUAAGACUCUGAGCCAUGAACAGGGGUAGUAUGGAGAUGAACAUACUAUACCAUAGUUAAGAAGGAGAUAAUGGAAUCGGAAAGUUUACCCUUUUGAGAAGCCUCAGCACUCCACUCCAGGUCUCCAGCAAUUUAUAACUUCCAAAUUUCUCAGCAAUUUCUACAAUUUAGUCGAGAAUCGAGGGAGAGGAUGACGGAGAACAUGGGGUCUUUGGUCGGAUAAGAUGACGGAGAAAAUGGGGUCGAUUUCAGAGGGAGUGGGCGACUUUGAUUUCAGAGGGA